AAAAUUGAGAGCCAUCAUCUGCACAUUCAUAAUAAUUUAUGAUUAUUUUUUUAAUUUUAGGCAGUAAGUAACUGUUGAUUAUAUUGAUUUAAUAAUAUUUAACCAAUGUGGAUUUAACAUUGAUAUAUCCUGAUACUUUUGUGGACAUGGCAACGUUGAAUAUUCUUGGCCCUGAGUUACAAAGUCAUAUCAGAGCUGUGUUAUAUGGACAGUGUGUUGGGGACGCUCUUGGACUUCUGACCGAGUUCUUGACCAAAGAAGAGGCAAAAGAAUAUUUUGGGAAAUUGAAGGACAGUCUGGAAUAUAAACACAAGGCCCUGGUAGAUAACCCCCAUCAGAGUCGCUGGAAGGAGGGCGACUGGUCUGAUGACUCCGAUCAGAUGAUUAUAAUAAUGAUGUCACUCACAGACAACAAUGGAAUGGUGAAUCAUAAAGACAUUGCACGCCGAUUUCUGGACUGGAUGAAGAAGGGAUUUCCUGAGUUGGGGGAUUUCGUUGGAAUGGGAAUUGGAAAAACAACCGACCUUGUUCUACGCCACAAAAGUUACCUAGAUGAUCCUUACACAGCAGCUGAGAGUGUGUGGAGGGAGAGCCAGUGUAAGGUGGCCCCUAAUGGAGCUGUGAUGAGGACCAGUAUCCUGGGGGUCCACUCUUUUCAUGACCUGGAACAGGUGGCCAGGAACGCAGCAGAUGUGGCCAGAAUCACUUACUAUGAUCCAAGAUGCCAGGCCUCUGCGGUUGCUGUGUCGGUUGCUAUAGCAAUAAUGUUGCAGAAGAAAGAGAAGCACUUGGACAGAGGAGGUCACUACAAUGUUGGCACCAUCAUUAAGGACAGCUAUGAUAUGGCUGUCAGAUACAUUGAAGAUAAGGACCAGAAACAAGAAUUACUGACUUAUAUGAAGUGUUCAGAUAUAAAACAACUAAAACUAUCAGUUGGUUACACGUUCAAGACCAUGGGCUCUGGAUUCUGGGCACUCAAGCAGAAUGAUUUCCGCAAAGCCAUCACAAAGAUUGUCAUGCAGGGAGGAGAUGCGGAUACCAAUGCCUCUGUUGCUGGAGCUCUUUUGGGGUGUAAGCUGGGACUCGAGGCCAUCCCUCAGACAUGGACAGAGAAUCUUAAACAUAAAGAGUGGCUCGACCAAAAAAUGGACAGGUACUUUACAGUGAUCAAUGAGGGCAAUGUUGAGUCUGAGGAAAAACCGAGCUCAUAAAGUAGAAUAUUGGAUGUUAGUGCGAUAUUUGGCAUCAGUGCAAUAUUGGAUAUCAGUGCAGUAUUGAACAUCAGUGCAAUUUUGAACAUCUCUGAUUUUUUGUUUUUUGGAGAUCGAGACUGGAAUGUUCAACAAGAUACAAUUGAUCAUGUUCAUUAUUGGACUUUAAUUUCUUGAGCAUGAGGUGUUCAAUUUAGUGUAGAUUGCCAAUUUUUAGCCACAACU